CGGGGCCUGUGGCCUGUGCUUCCUCUGCUGUCUGUGCUGGAUGAGGUGUUGCUACCUGUGCUGUGUGUGGGGUCUGUGCUGCCUCUGCUUCCCGGCGGCGGGCCCCGUGCGCUGGGUCUGGUGUGUGUCGGUGUGUGUCCCCCACUGUCUGUUUCCUGUGUCCCUGCCCUUUUUCUCUCUUUUUUUUCCCUUUUUGGUGCUGAUUUCAUUUCGUCUUACCAUCAAUUCUCUUCAUCCCUCUCCAUCUCUACACCCUCACAAUGACCAUCAGAAAAAAGCUCAAACGAAAGGCUUCUGCCUCUAACAACGUCUGCAACUCUUCCACUGCUGCUGCUACUGACCAGUCGAGAAAGAAAUUGAAACUGUCCAUGAAAAUGAAAAAGAAACAUACUUCUCAAUUUAAGAUUAAUUCCAACAAUAAGAAAAGCAUAUCUAAAAAAAUCAAGACUAAAAGUGUGCCCAAAAACAUUUCUAAAAACAUACUCAACAAUAAAUUGAACUACACCAUAAUGAAAGACUACUAUUCUUCAGAUUCUGAUGAAAACUACGAUCACGAUUACGACCAUGAUUACAAUUACGAUUAUAAUCACAACAAUUACAACUACAGCCAUUACAAUAACUAUAAAAGCAAUAAUAUCUUCGACAAUAGCCUGUUUUCAAACAUGGUGGAUUCUGACACAGAUUACUCGUCAAAUGACGAAUCAACUCAAAAUGACUUUAUCAAUUUAAAUACCAACAUCGUCAAUAGCAGCAUUAUCAACAAUAUCAACAAUAUUGCUACCAAUAAUACUCCCACUAACCCCAGUUUUAAUACUAAUACGAGUACUACUACGAGUGCUAGUACUACUAAUACUAAUACUAAUACUAAUACAACUAACAAUACCAUUGCCAAUAAUACUGAUGCUAAUGCAAAUAACAACAAUACUGAUCCCAAUGCUGAUAAUGACAAUUCCCUACUAAUAAAUGACGAAAAAGAUGCUAUAAAUCUCAUCAACAAUCAAGUCUUAUUUAACCUCUUCUUAACCACUCUAUCUCCUCUCACCACUACAAAUACCACCAAUAAUAAUGCAAAUAUUAACAAUACUUCCAAUAUACCAAUAACAAAUAACAACUACAACGAUAUCUUUGAAGACGAUGUGUCUCUUUCUGAAUAUGACUACGAUCACAUAUGACAAAUAUCUCGUCUCAAUUUAUCGGCUUGUUAACUAAUUUAUGAUCCUUUACCUUCUUCAUAUUCGUUUUCUUAUUUAGUCUCAUUUAUUUUGAUAUUCAUACUUAUACUCACUUAUUAUCAUAUUCUCAUUUAAUUCUCAAUUUUAUUGUUAAUUAUCUUUCCCAUCCAGCAUAAAUGUUAUCUCCACUGAUCUUCCUAAUUCAUUAACAAUACUAAUGUUUUUAAUAUCAUCAUUUUCAUUGAUUUAUCAAUCUUUCAAUUCCAUUUUGUUUUCUUUUUUUAUUUGUUUGUUUCCUUCUUUCU